CCCUCGGUGCAGAUCUCUGAUAUGAUCAGUCUGAAGUCUCGGAUGCAGAACUACGGCCUGCAGCGAUAUCAGUGGCUCACACACACCUGGGACAGCAUCCAGACACAGUUCCAGUGCUGCGGGGUGAUCUACUUCACUGAUUGGCUUGAAAUGACGGAGAUGGACACGCCCCCUGACUCCUGCUGCUCCAAUCAGUAUCCAGGAUGUGCAGGCCACGCCCACCUGCACGACCUCAGCGACCUGCACCAGGAGGGUUGCGGCCCCCCGGUGUUUUCCUUCGUGCGCGGUUGCGGCGCUCUGCAGGCGUUGCGGUUGCUAGGCGUUGCGCUGGGCGUGGCUCAGAUCGUUGCCAUGGCGCUGAGCCUGACGCUGAUGUGGGCGCUUAGUUACGAGAGGAGGGACCUGACCUCUGACCCCCCCUCUGACCCCCCCUCUGACCCCCCCCUCACUCUGGAGAUGGAGCCGCUGACCUAGAAAAUACAAAGAAAACCAGUCAUUUUUUCUGUCAGUUUUUACAACUUUAUGAACUCUUUGAGACGUCUUCAUUCAAACUCACCUGUUCACCAUGACCUUUGACCCCUAACCCAUCACAGCCUGUUCACCUUGACCUUUGACCCCUAACCCAUCACAGCCUGUUCACCUUGACCUUUGACCCCUAACCCAUCACAGCCUGUUCUCCUUUGACCCCUAACCCAUCACAGCCUGUUCUCCUUUGACCCCUAACCCAUCACAGUCUGUUCUCCUUUGACCUUUGACCCCUAACCCAUUACAGUCCUACUGCUAUUUAUUCAACUUUUACUUUAUUAUUUGCCCCUCUUGUUUGUUUACCUUGUAAAGCGGCCUUGGGUCCCUUGAAAGGCGCUAUUUACAAAUGUUAUCUAUUAUUAUUAUUUAAGACACAAAUACAAAAAAAAGAACAUAUAUAUUUAAUUGUAUAAAUUGUAACGAACAAAUAAAACACGUAAAAUCGAUAAAAAGUAAACAAUAUAAAUAUUAGUAGAAAUAAACAAUACACUUAAUAUUUUCUUAAGAUUCUUUUCAACUCAACACUUCCUGUAGAAGUUUCACAAUA